AUGCUCGCAGCUGAGUACAGGCAUACCGCCGUAUUCAAUUAUCUCUGCAACUUAAAGCUUCCCGAAUACAUGUUUCGGCAGUUCGAUAAGGAUGGGAACAACAUCCUGCACCUCGCCGCCAAGCUCACCGAGCUCUACCCUUGGCGAAUCCCCGGCGCUGCCCUCCAGAUGCAGUGGGAGAUCAAGUGGUACAAGCAUGUCAAAGGAAUAUUGUUUAAUCAGCACAUUUCUCAGGCCAACAAGAAAGGGAAAACGCCUAGGAUUGUAUUCACAGAAACACACAAGGACCUAAUGAAGGCCGAUAACGAAUGGCUCAUCAAAACUUCCGAAUCCUGCUCAGUUGUCGCGGCCCUCAUAGCCGCCGUUGCGUUCGCCACCUCGUCCACUGUUCCCGGUGGCCUAAACCAAGAGAAGGGAAAAUCGGUUCUCCAAGAUGAGAAGGCCUUCGACGUAUUCUCGGUGGCUUUGCUGGUGGCGCUCUGCCUGUCCAUGACGGCCCUCGUUUUCUUUCUGGCCAUCAUAACGUCGUGGUGUGAGGAGCACGAUUUCAAGAGGAAUUUGCCGAGGAAGCUGUUGGCCGGGCUCAGCCCUCCGUUUGCGUCCAUUACUGCGAUACUCUUGUCUUUCUGUUCUGGCCACACUUUCAUCUUGAGGGAGGAGCUCAAGUUUGCUGUCAUCCCCAUAUAUGCCUCUGUCACCAUACCUGUCGCGUUUUUCGCCAUCGCGCAGCUGCCCUUGUACUUUGAUCUUCUCUGGGCUGCCUGCAAGAAGGUGCCUUUGCGCAGCUACAAGGUGUUCUGCAAGAAGGUGGCCUUUGCCCAGCGCCCGCUCAAACCCAGCGUGGGCUGGACACUCUCAACGCAUACUGAGUUCUAG